GGGCGAUUCUCCUCUCAGGGCAGGCGUUUGCGCUUUCUUUAUCAAAUUGCUGUUUGACCAUAUUUUGGGUGGAAUGUAUAUUUGAAUCUCUGUGUUUUUCUGGCAUGUUUUGGCCUUGACUUAUGUAUGUGAUUUACUUCUUUUUAAAUCUAUGACUAUUCAAAUACCACUUGGUCUAUUUAUUUGGAGCACUGCAGGCCCUUCUUGCUAAUCUAAACUCCCAACUUCAACACAAGUCCCACUGCAUGCUGGGUAUUGUAGUCUUACACAGUCGCCAAAUUGUUCCACAAAAACCACAUUACCCAACAUGCAUUGGGACAGUACAGACUCAGCACAUUAGGGGAAGUAAAGUACAAACCAGCCAAAGGCCCAAAAACAAGCACAAUCCGCACCUUGGCUACUUUGUACUUUCAAAACCCGCCUUGCACCUAAAUCAGUAGCCCAAUUUGGCUGGAAAACCACCAACCUGAAUGUCUGAGGAAAAAGAGGCGGGGCUAGGCAGAGUAUAGUGGGCUGGGCCAAGAGAUCUAUUGGUGGGGGCGUGGUGCGUGGACAAAAGACUGGAUGUUUAUGGGCGGGUACGUAGCACAUGAGUUUAGGAGGUUUGGCUUAGGGUUGAUCGACGGGAGAAAAGGCGGAGCAAGCUGAGUGGCUGAGAUUCGUGAGAGGCGGUGACAUGAGCCAAUGUGCAUGAGACGUUACAUGUUGUAGGCGGGGAGUAAGAGUCAAAUAUAAAAGUUAUAGCUCCCCGCUUCAUGUAGGACAGUAGGAGCGGUAUGUUUAAUAUCUGCAGCUGGUGCUGCGGUCGGACACAGUGCAGGAGACGGGCUCGCUGAGAAGUGUCUAAUGGCGUCCUCUUGGAUAACGCGCUGUGUGUAAUGGUGAGACCGUGGGAGAGUCAUGGGCCAGUUCAGCACAGAACAUGCUCAGCAGCUGCUCCACAAUAAGUUUGUGGUUAUCCUGGGGGACUCCAUUCAGAGAUCUGUUUAUAAAGACCUUGUCAAGUUCCUUCAGGAAGGAAACUGUUUGACCGAGCUUCAGUUAAGAUGCAAGGGGGAGAAGACUUUUCUAAAGGAUACGUUGGUGGAGGGUGGAGUUCUGGAGGAGAUGCACAAUGGUGAGACUUACAGAGAAGUGCGUCAGUAUUGCAGUGACCAUCAUCUCGUGCGCUUCUACUUCCUGACCCGCGUUUACUCGGACUACAUGGAGAGCAUCUUGUCUGACUUUAAAUCUGACCACCAACCAGACGUGCUCAUUAUUAACUCCUGCAUCUGGGAUGUUAACAGAUACAAUGAUAUAGAACUUACACAGUACAGAUCCAACCUGGAGACGCUGUUUAGUCGCCUACGUGAGGUUCUCAGUCCUGACUGUCUUAUCCUAUGGAAUACGAGCAUGCCUGUGGGCUUCCGUGACACUGAGAUGCCAGAGUUAGUCAAGCACAACCUCCGAUGGGAUGUGAUCGAUGGCAACUUUUACAGUUCCACCAUUGCCCACCUGUACGACAUAGACGUGCUGGACAUGCACUACCAUUUCCGCCUAGAGCUGCCCAACCGCUGCAAGGAUGCCGUGCAUUGGAACCAGCUAGCCCAUCGCAAGUGCACACACAUUCUGCUCUCCCACAUUGCAAAGGCGUGGGGAGUACAAUUGCCACAAGUGCCACAAGAGAAGUUGCCAUUGAUUGGAUCGUACUGUCCUGGAUACACCAGCUUUGAUGAGCCGUCUCCGCACAUUAGAGGAGAAUUUUCCUUUCUGCCUGGUCAGCCUUUGAUGGUUGUUAAUGGGAUGCCGGGAUUCGCUCCCUUCCAUGGGAAUUACCCAAAAGCACCAGAAAUGUCGUUUGUUACGGAUACUCCAUUCAUGGUGGACAACUUCACCCCUGGAUACAUCAGCUUUGAUGGACCUAAAAUGAAAGCAGCCCCUCCAAGAGGUCCCUAUCCGUUCCAUGGCAUGAACAUUAUGAUGAACUUUGCUCCCCACCCGCCAUUCCCACCUAUGAACUUUGGUUACUUUCCCGACCAUAAGAAAUUGAACGAUCACAACAGCCUUCCAAUGAGGAGGCCCAUUAAGCAGCGGGAUGGACAGAUUCACCCCUAUCACAUACUUGCACCCCUUCUUUCUAGGAUCUACUAAUCGGAAGCAACUACUGAACAACUUACCACUUCUUGGCAACAGAAGAAGGGUUUUUUAUUUGUUUUUGUGUUUUUUUGUGUGUAUGUGUGUAUAUCUAUAUAUAUAUAUAUAUAUUCGCAAGAACAGCGACACUCACAGGAGUGUCGCUGUUCUUGCGAAUAUCUAUUAUCUUUUUGCUGGCACCCAGGCUGUUACGGAGUCAACGGUGUGCACCUUUGGACUUGGUGUAUAUAUAUAUAUAUAUAUAUAUAUAUAUAUAUAUAUAUAUAUACACACAUACACAAUAUAUAUAUUGGGGGGUGGCAUUUUCUCCCUAUUGUAGCUUUUUUGGAUCUAUUUUAUGAACAGAGCCAAAGAUGAAGUUAUUUCUUGUUAGGGCUGUCCCCCAAUAAAUGUUGUACAUGAGGCCAGGGUUUGUGACACCUCAGCCUUCUUAAUACCAAAGUAUUCACAUUCACACAAGUGAGAGUCAGCCUUGUUGUACAGUAUUGCUCACUGAGUUUUUUUUUAUUUGUUUUUUUCAUUGUGACAAUUUUUUCACUUUUGAAUGUUAAAGGGCAAGUCCCAAGCACCAUAAAGCCAGGGUUUUGCACUUACCCUCUGUUCCUUGUUCAGCUGUUUUUACCCGUAUGAAGGUUUUCACUGCUGCGGGAAUCAGUAGAGGAAUUUCUGUCCAUUUCCAUUGAGCUUGGGGUGCAGCUGGUGCAAAAGGAGCUAAAGUUUAUGGGAUCAGGGAUGUGUUUUUGUGCAUCUUUCUGCCACUGGAGAAGCAGCCUUUUUGAUUCUGACUCGUUCAUUGGUUGUUCUGCUGCUAAGGGUAAGACCAAUCUCCCCAAACGCCUUCCCGGACUCUCGCCGACUUUGGAAAACGAAUCGCCGCGUGUGAUUAACACCAAAGUUUUUUCAUUUUAGGCCGGCGCAGAGUCAGGGAAGGCGUUUGGGGAGAUUGGUCGCCGCAAAAACGAGGCGAUUAGUCGCCAGGCGACCAAAUCUCCCCAAAACGCUCAGUGUGGCCUGACCCUUAAUGUCCAGAUGCUGCUAAAUUCAUAUAGAGGAGCAGGAGUGUGUCACUUAUUUUUGGUUAUUGUUGCUGCCUUAUGUCUCGUAUGAAGAAGACUUUCUCUAGUUCCCCCAGCCAGAUGGGGUGUUUAUUUUUGUACCUAUGCUGUGUCUGAUACAGUUUAUUACACAUACAGUAUCUCCGCCUUGUACAGAACAUGAUAUUCCUUAUGAUGGAGUACGGAGCUGUGCCAAACCAGCCGCCCGUGUGCCGAUAACUAGGAGAAGCCAUUUUUUAUAUACAGUUUGUGGGUCGUACAGUUACUGAGUGAGUACGAUGGGUUUUUCAGGAGAAAAAGUUUAAACUGUGAAGUUGCACUUUAGUGUGAAUAUAUGUCCCAACUCUUUUGUUGGAUUUUUCCCCCCUUGUCACUAAACUAUAUUUGUCAGUUUUUGUUCGUGAUUUUUUAAUGGUUUCUCCUUUUGUUGUAAAUAAAGUUGUUAAAAAUA